AAACACACCAAUUGCUCAUGAGUCUUAAUCGUCUUUUACCUUCAAUCCUAUACCUUUUGUUGCAACUAGUUUUAGUUUGAAAAUCAGGGAAAACUGAGAAGGAACAUUAGAUAAGUUCCAAUUUUUCUCAGAACUUCUUUAUUUUCCUUUUUCACCAAAAAAAAAUGGUAAACUUUUAAUUUUCAUUUUUCCCUCUCAACCUGUGACAUUAACUUGAGCGCCAACAGCGACAUUCACUGUUAUCAAUUGCAACCUUUUCUGGUUUAGUUUAACAAAUUGUUUCAUAUUUUUAAUUGUUAACCUUUCAUUGUUACGUCUUUCAACAACUUCCCUUCAACAAUUAAACGGUAAAAUUAAGUGAUUAAUUCAUCUUUAAACAAUUCAACCGCAAGGAUUGUACAUAAAAUACACUUUCGUGUAUUAGUUUAGUGAACAUUCAUUUUUACAUUUGUUUGUUUCACCAAACAUUUUGUUACAUUAAUGUUCAUCCAAUUUCAAAUUAUAAUCUGUUGAUGAUUCAAUAAUGGUGAACAUUAUUGUUUAAGGAACAGCUUUACUGGCUCACAAUUUCCUCAUCAAGUUUAACGUGGCACUUUAAUCACCAGCAUCAGUGAAUCAACUCCUAAAUCAUCGUUGUUCAAAUCAAUCCAAUAGCGGUGCUUUGUUUUGAAACAUGUUAACCAAAGAUGAUAAUAUAAGGAGACAUUGAAAGUUGACACGCAUUCAAUUCAUUGAAAGAUUAGUUUUCUUCGUGAUUUCCAUUGGAAUUUUGACAUUUGAUAAAUUCGAGGCAACAAAAAAAUUCUGUAAAACAAAAGGAAAAAGUGAAAGAUAGAAAAAAGAAAAGAGAAUUUGAAAUAAAUUUAUAAAUUGUUUUUUCUGUUCAAAGUAUAAAAGUGUUACCAAUCUAUUUACCAGUAUAUCGUCUAUGCCCGGCUCUGGACGAAAGGCUCGGAGAUUCUCGAGUCUAAGGUUCGCCAACGGAAAAGUAACGAAUCGUUCAGUUUCCCUUAAUGAAGAUUAUCUUAACGAUAACAAUGCAUUUAUCGUUAUCGAUGGAUCAUCCAUAACUUUGAGUGAUCAAGAGCAAGUGGACCAACAAGUGAGCUCAUCAUCACUGCAACCACCAGCAACCCGACCAUCACCAUUAAGACCAAUUAGACCAACAUCUGUAGACAAGAAUUACAGAGAAAUGAAUUACAUGAAAGAAUCAAGUUCCCACCCUGGAUCACCGCCUGUGAUCACAGUCAGGGAAAGUUCAUCAGCAACUGUCAACGAAAAGGAUGACAUAAGCCUUUACGGGACUCCUAAGGAAGAAAUGGCUCCUGGAUUCGGUGAAGCGAAAGCUUCCUUCAUGAGACAUCAGAUUGAAGCUCUGUUUCAACCUUCGGACAAUAAAUUAGCAAUGAAAUUGUUUGGAUCCAAGAAAGCUUUGAUGAAAGAGCGACUUCGCCAAAAAGAGUCUGGCCAUUGGAUUAUUCAUCCUUGCAGUAAUUUCAGAUUUUAUUGGGAUUUAUGUAUGCUACUCUUAUUGGUAGCUAAUUUAAUUGUCCUUCCAGUUGCAAUAUCUUUUUUUAAUGAUGACCUAUCAACCCGUUGGAUAGCUUUUAAUUGUCUGUCCGAUACAAUCUUCAUUCUGGAUAUUAUUGUUAAUUUUAGAACUGGAAUCAUGAAUCCAGAUUUACCUGAACAAGUGAUACUAGAUCCAAAGCAAAUAGCCCGACAAUAUAUAAGAAGUUGGUUUUUCUUAGACCUGAUUAGUUCAAUUCCAUUGGAUUACAUCUUCCUUAUAUUUAAUCAAGAAUACAGUUUUCACCUUCUUCAAGCUGGAAGAGCAUUAAGAAUAUUUCGCUUCGCCAAAAUGCUCAGUUUACUUCGACUUUUACGUUUAUCUCGACUGGUUCGUUAUGUGAGCCAAUGGGAAGAAGUAUAUAUGCAAAGUUUGGCCUCAAUGAGAGUUACCAGUGGUAUCUUCGCUUUUAUUAAUCGCCUUUGUGGUGAUUCCGACAUUCACAAGUUCCUGAAUAUGGCAAGUGUCUUUAUGAAAAUAUUCAAUCUAAUUUGUAUGAUGCUAUUAAUUGGACAUUGGAGUGGUUGUCUUCAGUUUCUCGUGCCCAUGCUGCAAGGAUUCCCCUCAAACUCUUGGGUUGCUAUUAAUGAAUUAAAGGAUGUUUGGUGGAUGGAACAGUAUUCGUGGUCACUUUUUAAAGCAAUGUCUCAUAUGCUUUGCAUUGGUUAUGGACGAUUUCCACCCCAAAGUUUAACCGACAUGUGGUUAACCCUGUUAAGUAUGAUUAGUGGUGCUACUUGUUAUGCUCUUUUCCUUGGUCAUACCACCAAUUUAAUACAAUCAUUAGAUUCUUCAAGGCGACAAUAUCGAGAAAAGUUAAAACAAGUUGAAGAGUACAUGGCCUAUCGGAAGCUUCCUCGUGACCUUAGAGCCAGAAUAUGUGACUAUUUUGAGCACCGAUAUCAGGGUAAAUUUUUUGAUGAAGAUGCAAUUCUAGAUGAACUUUCAGAGAAACUCAGAGAGGAUGUAAUUAAUUAUAACUGCCGGUCAUUAGUGGCUUCUGUACCCUUUUUUGCCAAAGCUGAUAUUGAUUUUGUGAAUGCUGUUGUUACUAAAUUGAAAUAUGAAGUCUUCCAACCAGGAGAUAUAAUUAUUAAAGAAGGAACUAUUGGGAAUAAAAUGUAUUUCAUCCAAGAGGGAAUAGUUGAUAUUGUUAUGUUUAAUGGUGAAGUUGCUACAAGUCUAUCCGAUGGUUCCUAUUUUGGUGAAAUAUGUUUGUUAACCAAUGCCCGAAGGACAGCUUCAGUUCGAGCUGAAACAUACUGCAAUCUAUUUUCAUUAUCUGUUGAACAUUUCAAUGCAGUCCUUGAUCAAUAUCCUGUUAUGAGACGAACCAUGGAGUCAAUUGCUGCUGAAAGAUUAAACAAGAUUGGUAAAAAUCCAUCUCUAGUUAGUCAAAGGGAGGAUUUGCAGACUGAUUUGAAGGCAGUUAAUGAAUUAAUUACAAUGUCAACCAUGUCUGCUCAAAGUUUAAGUGAAGACUCUGAUUCAGAGAAAAAUAUGUUAACCAUUAAAAAAGCCUUACCUAGACCAAAAUCAGAGACAUGUUUCAAAUUAGGACCCAUUUAUAAUGCAAAUAAUACCGACAAUGCAACAACCAAAUCAUCAACAAAUGAUAAUACGUCUUCUAACAGUAAUAAUAGCAAUACUACUUACAAUCCAAGCAAUACUUAUAUCAAUGAUAAUACUGAUAAUGGUAAUCAUCGAUCAACACCACAGUAUCGACCAAGGACACAUUCAACUGUUAAUCUAAAGCCAUAAUUUAAGAAUCUGAAAUGAUUUUCAAAUCAGCUUACACAAAUCAAGUUUUUUCACAAUAAACACGAAAAAUUACAAAAACAAAAAAUCAUCAAAAUUAAACAUUGAAAUCACAAUUGAA